UAUAAGGCGCCGACCUGACCGGCCGUGCUCGUUGCUGCCGCCGCCGCCAGCAUGGCCUUGACCCGCAGCCCCGUCGGAGCGCGCACGCUGCUCGCCUGCGCCAGCCUGCUCGCCGCUAUGGGCCUCGGGGUCCCGGAGUCCGCCGAGCCCGUGGAGACCCAUGCGCGCCCGCAGCCGCCCGGGGCCGAGCUGCCCUCCCCGCCAGCCCACAGCCCGCCGGAGCCCACCAUUGCGCAUGCACGCAGUGUGGAUCCCCGGGAUGCUUGGAUGCUGUUUGUCAAGCAGAGUGACAAGGGCAUCAACAGUAAGAGGAGGAGCAGGACCAAAGCCAGGAGGCUGAAGCUUGGCCUGCCAGGACCCCCAGGGCCACCAGGUCCUCAGGGCCCCCCAGGCCCCUUUAUCCCAUCUGAGGUUCUGCUGAAGGAGUUCCAGCUGUUGCUGACAGGUGCAGUACGGCAGCGAGAGAGCACCGAUCCAGAGCACUGCACCAGAGAUCUCACUACACUAGCCUCGGGGAGCCCUUCCCGUGUCCCAGCCGCCCGGGAGCUUGAUAGCCAGGACCCAGGGGCCGUGUUAGCUCUGCUGGCUGCGACCUUGGCCCAGGGCCCGCGGGCACCACGUGUGGAGGCCGCGUUCCACUGUCGCUUGCGCCGGGAUGUGCAGGUGGAACGGCGUGCGCUGCACGAGCUUGGGGUCUACUACCUGCCCGAAGUUGAGGGAGCCUUCCGCCGGGGCCCAGGCUUGAACCUGACCAGCGGCCAGUACACCGCACCUGUGGCUGGCUUCUAUGCGCUCGCUGCCACGCUGCACGUGGCACUCACCGAGCAGCCAAGAAAGGGACCACCACGACCCCGGGACCGUCUACGCCUGCUGAUCUGCAUCCAGUCUCUCUGCCAGCACAACGCCUCCCUGGAGACGGUGAUGGGGCUGGAGAACAGCAGCGAGCUCUUCACCAUCUCAGUAAAUGGUGUCCUCUACCUACAGACAGGACACUACACUUCCGUCUUCUUGGACAAUGCCAGUGGCUCCUCCCUCAUGGUUCGAAGUGGCUCUCACUUCAGUGCUAUCCUCCUGGGCCUGUGAGUAGCUGCUGCAGGCUCUUACCCGUACCAAGCAGAGUCAUGACAGUGGCCCUAUGCACAAGGAAGCCCAUUGACCUCUGCACACAUUGGCCAUCGCAAUACCUCUUAGCACAGCCACUGCAUUCCUGCAGAAGUGAUGUAAGCUGGCUCUCCCAGAAACAGCAGCAUUUGUGAAAAUCCUAAGCCCUGCCUGCUUGGCUCUUCUGGGGCCAUCUGGCAUACUCGGUAGUACUUGCUCUAACCCCGGCUGCAGAGCUGGCAUCCUUGUAGCUCUAAACAGGCUGAAAUUCCUUCCAGUGGCCCAGCAAACUAGCCAGGCCACUCACUACUGGAACAACUCAGCCUGCACAGGGCAGGGCUAUAGGGAAAUGACUGUAGGUCCUUAGUGCGUAAGAGGGAAGCCCAGAUCUUCUUGGACCAUACACUGUCUACCUGGGUUCCUAUCCUGGAGCAUUUUCUAUGUCUCUGUCUACAGUACAGCCUCAGGGACCUAGGGACUUCAGAAGCCAGUGAUCCUAGGCCUGGCACCAGUUUCUGUGUCUGGGGUGAGCAAGAUGAACUGCAGACGCCUGGUGAGCACCCUAACAUACUGGAGCUGUACUCCUCUGCCAUCCCUCUCAUGGACAAGGCCAUCCUUAUCCUCUACAAAGGCUACCAACCAACUUCCCAACCUGAGGCUCUGGCUCACUGCUAGGGCCCACACACUAAACAAAGUUUGAGCAGUUAUGCACACAGGGCACCUGCUCACAAAUUUCUCUCCUGAGACUCCAUUGCAAAGGGGGUGGUCUGGCUGAAUGGGCAGCUUGGUGAGGGAGAAGCUGGCAGAGGGCUCUCCCCAUGAGAAGUUGCAGGGCUGCCAGCCGGCAGCUUGUUUCAGUGCAGUUUUCCCAUUCUUAACAAAAUGUGGGACCAGCCUCUAAUAGGCAGUGGAGAGGACUGGGCCCUCCAAGUCCCGAUGGCCUACUGGUGAAGGCCAUAUCUUCACAUAUCUUACCUUCCAACAACUGCUACCCAGCAACUUAAACUGGUAAAAAAGCUGACAACCAGCACACCACACCCACUGGCUUUGGGAUCUCCUGGCCUAGCGGGAGUGCUCAAGCCCAGGACAGAGGGGACAGCUCCAGUUGCUUCAUCUUUCAGCUGAUGCCAAAAUGAGGCUACCAUGCCAGAACACCCUUCUAUAAUCAGACCUGUCCCCAAAUCAGGCUGCCAACACAGAGCAAAGGUGCCUGGGGGACUGUCCGUGAGCAGGCCUGGCCUGAUUCUCAGUACGGCUGGUACCCACCCUACCAGGAAGCACUGUGCUGGCCUGGGUCCUGACUCCCUGGCACUCUGAUAAGGACAUAAGGUGGACACACCCCACCCUUCUCUGGAUUUCACUUUGUAUCCAGUGGGCACAGACAUGUUAGUGAUGUUAUCUUCUACCCUUGAGAAAGCCACAUACGCACAUAUCUUACCUUCCAACAACUGUGCUACCCAGCAACUUAAAAGUAUUUAUUGAGUUAUACUGCUAGGCAGAAUGUAUUUAUGUAACGGAUUACACAAAGCCGUAACAACGAAAGGCAGACUCGAGAAGCAUGACCUUCUCUUUCCAGUUCACCUCACCAAAGACCAUGAGGGGUAAGCUCUGGAAAGUCAGGGAGAAAUACCUUUAGUCUUGGGACUCUCAUUGAAUGUAGGAGAGGCUCUCACUAACCAGGAAGGCCACAGUGCCAAGAGAUGCCCAGACAGAAGCACUUGGGGACAUGGGUCACGGCGUAUGGGGCACUGAAUGAUUCCUGGGUUGCUAUAAGAAAUUGCUAAAUUAAACUGUUCGCUUUCUGAUGA